AUGGACGAACUUAUGGAGAGUGUCGCAGGGACGGCGUCGUACGGCUCCCGAUUCAGCGAUGAGGCUACAUAUUUUUUUUUGUCGUUGGUGGAGCAGUUUCCUGCUCUGUGGGACCCGAGCCGCGACGACUACUCCAACAGCAUCCUUCGUUCUACGCUGUGGCAGCAGAUUUCAGAAGAGAUGCAAGAGCGGUACCCUGAUUGUGGGCCGUACACUCCCGAUGCGCUGCGGUCUUUUUUCAACAAUAAGAGGCGCACCUACCGCAAUGAGCGCAAGAAGAUAUGCAAAACAAAAAGCGGGCAACCUGCCGACGACAUCUAUACUGGAAGGUGGAAAUUUUUCAGCGCGUUAACGUUUCUGGAAACGACGCAGAGACCGUCUGUACGACGUACGACAUCCGAGGCUUUCGGUGAGACCGAUGCGGUAAGUACGUGUCACAAUAACGCGCCUUGCGAUUUUAAGUUGAUUAAAUGUAGUCAGAAAACAAGUAAUCGAAGUCUGUACUUGUUCUCCCGGAAAUAUUUCCUGCCAAAGUCAGAAAAUGCGGUGAAGGAAAACCCAUCAGCUUCCCAUGCACAAAUUUCUACAAGUGAAUUUUUUUUUCAGCCUUCCGAUGCAGCAACUAUUGCAUGUUGAUUACUAUGACAGGUAACUCGCUCGUUCAUACUAACAGAAGCUAUCUGGUGGUCAUUUCCACAGGAUGGUGACGAUACCAUAUGCAGCACUGCACAUGCUAUCGAUCCCUCACCAGCUGCUGAGAGAGAUUCGGCUACCCCGCCAGCUGUUGUGCAGCGCUCCGCACCACGGGCAGGUAGCCGUUCUGAAAAAGACAAACGCGCAGAACUGCUAUCGAAACGGACUAUGGCCAUGGAGAAAAUUGCGAAUGCUAUGGAGGAAACGGACGACGCAAGCGCGCACUUCGCGAAGGCGAUAGCAGCGCUUACGCGCACUUUGAGCGUACCUGACAUGAUUAGGUGUCAGAAGGACAUCCUAAGCGUAAUAGAACAAUAUGUUGGGAACUGA